AUGACUGAAAGUUCCAGUAAAACUAAGAGUAAAUUAAUUAGUAAAGAGCGAGUAGAUCGGAAUUCGGAAGAAGUUAUAAACCAAUACGAUCCAAUAGCUAUUUUAGCUGAAAACUGUAGAACCGUAAUUUUGAUGUUAGAUUCCCCUGAGGAAAAAAUAGUGUUGCAGGCUAUAUGUUCUAUAGACAAACACGCAAUGAAGGGUGAACAAGCAUGCCAUAUGCUUUUGAGAAAUUAUGUGCUCCAACCUCUACCGCCAUUACUCGUUCAUGACAACAUUUGUAUUAAAAGAUUUAGCAUAAAGUUAAUGCAGCAGCUAUCUAAAAUCGAACAUGUUAAAGAAAAUCUUCUAAAUUUCACCGAUACGAAAUUCUAUCACAAUGAGUACAAUUCGAAUGAAGACUUGCACAUACAAGAAUAUGCUGCUGGAAUACUGGGCGAAUUAACCCGUGACAUUCGUGGUUGCGAUUUACUAUUGAAACAAGAUGUAAUUGCAACCAUUUUCAGAAGGAUAAAUUCUACAGAUGCAGACGUUCAAAGAAAUACAUUAGAAGACUAUAAUUUGUUAGAUCUACACGCAGCAGCCUUAAGUGGCAUUAGUGCCGCCUGCGAAGAUAAUCAUAUAGCCGAAAUAAUAGUAUCGGAACAACAAACACCUCGUAUCGUAGCUUACUUCGAAGACGCCGCAGGAGAAAUGCGCAUUUCUGCUUUACAAGCGAUGGCCAACCUGGCUGAAAUAGAAUCUGGGCGCAAGGAAUUAUUGAACUUACAUGCCACCGAGCAAAUGAUAAAUGUGCUCACCGACAAUAAUUCUUCGAUGGAUGGUGGCUCACUGUUUGCAGUCGCCUGCAAUGGAUUGGCAAACAUGUCCGUAGAAAGACCAGCAUCAUACCAAAUUGUUAACAGUAAUGCUUUAUACGAAAUGUAUGAUGCACUAAAUAAUUCUACACUCUCGUGGGGUGUUCGGGAAACUAUCGCUGAAUCAUUAAAUAAAAUACUAGAAAAUAACGUGCAAGCAUGUAAAAAGGCAGCAUAUUUCCAUGGACAUCGUGGACCAGCCAGAAGAACGGAUUUAAGAGUGAAAUCAUGCGAAUGUUUAACAAUGUACCUUUGCGAGGAAAACAUGCGGAGGUGGCUUCCUGAUACCGCCCAGUCGUUGUCGAUAGCGAGUGAUUGUCUACGAGAUGAUAGCAGUCGGUUGAAAGUAUCUGCAGCUGCCGUUGUUCGCCAAGCAGCUGAAGAUCCGCAAGUGGCACAACGAUUUAUAAGCAGUUCCGUUCUGCAAUGCCUCUUAGAUGAUGCAGCAAUGCGUAAAGCAUGCCCAAUUUGGGAAUCAGCGAUUGAAGUGAUUCUUAACAACCAUCUUCCUGCUAAGUUUGCGUAUACAGGAAAACUAGAAAUAUCAGACGUCAUCAGAGGUAAAUUUUAUCUAAUGAGAAAACCCUGGAUAUCGUUUCCGCUUCUAGAAGAAAUACUAAGCAUAGAAAACGCCUGUCCUAAGCAAAUAAUUUACCUAGUUGAAGAAAUUACAUUGCCAGAUAUACUGAUGGCGGAAUUUCAAGAAGCUUUAAAAAUAUCUAGACCCUCUCGCAAAAGAAGUAAUGGCUCUAAAGCGUCAGCCGAUGGUGCUAGGGCAGCAAAACGACCAACGUUAGAGAAAAACGUACAGGCAAGUACAUUACAAGGCGAAAAUGCAUCGGCAGAUGAUGUCGCAUCUACUUCAUUGGUGAAAAUGGCACCACCUUCUAUUAUCGAAUGGAAACAACCAUCUGAUCCACAUAUUCAGAUGUAUUUGAACAAGAUCAGAAGAAAAUUCAUGCAAUGGAAUAUUACGAACGGAUCAUCUUCGUCAUUCAAAAACGGAAUGAUCUUCGCUUCUACAAUACCAAUACGUGCAAAGAUAGUAGCUCAUUUUGUCCACGCACGGCUGAGUGGACCAACUCCCAAAGGGGCAUGCAGUAGCCCAUUGCUGGAAAUGCACCUGACCAAUCUAAAGCACGAAUUGCAAACUUCUAUAAUACCGUUGGGUUACUUACGCUUGGGAGCGAUGCUGGAACGUUCCUUAUUAUUUAAGGUUCUUAGCGACAAAUUAGGAAUACCAUGCACAUUAGUUAGAGGCGAAAAUGGUCGUUCAUGGAAUGAAAUUGCCAUACCAGUAAUAGAGGAGUCGAGCACCGAAGAGUGGCUUUCAAUCAAACUUCUUCGACCCAGUCACAUUGUGGAUUUAAUGGUGAAUCCUGGAGAAGUUCUUCAACUAGGAUCAUGGGAAGCGGAGAAUUAUCAAGGACUUGAUUUCUGGGAUUUAUGA